AUGCUGAACUUAACGUUCUUUGAUGACGACGGAAGCUUUUGUCGCAUCCAGGAAGCCUUCACCGUUGCCUCGGUGAUCAACCCGCUGAUGGCCAUAGGCAAGCUGUUUCGAGAAGGCCGGGAGUUGCGAGUGAACGAAGAAGAAGGUAUGUGUCUUACAGACGGAAGCUCAAGAAUACCAGUGCAUCUCCACAAGAACAGCUUGGCAGCCUACGCCUACGUACAAACUCCUUCAAGAAGCAGAAGUUACAGCAGCAACAACUACAAGAUGGUUCGGACAGUUGUUCAGCUCAACAAGCACGUUCAGGAAGCUGUGAACAGAGAAGAACCUGGUUGGCACAACACAGACAGCAUGGUGAUCGUGAAGUACGCCACUCAAAGCAGCUACGAGAACCCAUCUCUCAUGUAUAGAACUACGCACUUUCCGUACAGAAGCACUUUGGUGAAAGAAGAGAGAGGAUGGAGAGCAGUUGAAGUUUCAAAGAAGUACUCCGAGAAGGCAGACCCUUUUGAAGAGUUUGCAGAAGGAGAAAAGGAAGUGGUUACAGCCAUUUCAGCAAAGCCAAUUCCACUUUGGAUCCUUGGCACCCCUUACGCAGCUGGAGAUCGAGCAGAGCAAGAAAGUCAUGGUCGUGACUACUGGAAAGUGGACCUCGAGAAGGGAGAAGUUGUUCGUCACCACGUAGUACCGAGAACUGUGCUGUUUGACCCGACAGGAGUUGCCAACUGUCCUGUCCUCCUUGGAGAUCUUGAGAACAGCAGGUAUACCCAAGGAGACUGCAUCUACAGUACGGAGAUCUACGAACACAGCGACGACUGGAGAGCAGACCGCCUACCUCUACGUGAACACUUUCGUUUGCCGUGGUUUGGUCAAACAAGGUUCCGUGUGAAGCCAGAAGUUGUUGAAGACCUAAAAGCAGAAGCUGCAGCAGAGGAGCUAAAGAAGAAGAAAGAAGAGCACUACCAAAAGAAGGAAAACUCAGCAGCACCACCAGCAGCAGAAGAGAGCAAAGAUGAGGAGAUGAGAGAAGCACAAGCAGACCAAGAAGCACCACAAGAAGUUGUUGAAGUUUUGGAGGAAAGCUUCUACCACGAAGGCGUCGAGUACACAGCACAGAAAAGCAGUCUUAAGGAACUACAAGCACUUUGCAGAGAGUACAGAGUGAAGACAACAGGAAGCAAGAAGCAGCUCUUGAAGAGACUCGCCACAGCAGUCAGAGAAGAAAGGCUCAGCACGCAACACAAGGAACAACGGGAACACCACCAAGCAUACCACCUAGCACCACCACAGGAACCAACGGAAGAGGAGAGAGCGUACCACAACUUGACGCACCUUCCGUAUCAGCCUUGGUGUCCCCAUUGCGUUGCUAUGAAAGCACGAGAAGACAACCACAAGAAAGGAUUGAGCAAGCCAAGCAGCUCUACGGAUUCCGCGAAGCCCGUCAUCAGUUUUGACUUUUGCUAUACAAGCACCACAGGAAGUGAAGAGCCACCAGCAGUGACUCUUGUCGCUGUGGACAGCUGGAGCAAGGCAGUCUUGGCGGUGCCCUGCAAGAGGAAAGGAGGAGCAGGAAACACAACGCACCUCGCGGAAGCACUCGUGCAGUUCACCACGCAGCUCGGGUACAACACCCUCGUUCUCAAAGCAGACAACGAGAACGCAGCCAAAGCACUCAAGGACAAAGUACAGAAAGAAGAACGCGAACAGCUCGAGAACGACGAGGCCGCUAGCGACCCUCCGAGUUCGGAGGAACCAAGCUCACCCAGCAAGCUACGAAAGCAAGUUAACAGAGCAGAGGAAACAGACGGUUACCUCAACAUGCCUCAUGAUGAUGAAGUCUACGAAGCAGAUGAUGAGUUUGUGUACGAGUCGGAAGAAGAAGAAGAGGAGACAGAGAGUGAACCAACGGAAGUUUCUACCAAGGUCCCUGUCGAGUUCUUCGACGAGGAGAAAGGACCGCCGAACGUGGAUCCGGCUUUUCUUCAGAAGUUGGAUGAUGAAGCUACAGUCAAGGAAAUCAAGAGGUUAACAAAGAUGGGAGUUAUUUCGUUGGUUUCUACGGACCCUCAGGAAGCAACUGAGAACGUACCUCUGGUAGAUUCAGAGCAAGAACUUCACAAGUGGUUGACAACGAAGUUGGUGAAAGAUUGGAGGUUCAGAGAAGCUACAGGUUUUGAAGCUGAAGAAGCCAAAGAAGGAACAACAAAGCCCAAGCAGAUUCAAAGAAUUACAAAACUGGUGCCCAUGUUGGCUCUCGCCAAGCAUUGGGCGAUCUACAGUGUCGACGUGAAGGUCAACGCGACGCAUCCAGUCUUUGGUCAGACUUUUGUGAUGGUCUUUUGGUGGAAGAGAAGUUUGAGCGUUGUACAGCAGUUCCAGCACUUUACCGUCUUCUACGACAAGGUGAACUACGACGUGGACUCCUUCGACGAGGCAAAGAAAGAAGUGACAGAGAGAGCAGAGAAGUUGAAGAAAGUUGAGGAAAGCCUGGAGAAGGAAAAGGAGCAGUUCGGAAACCAAAAGACAGAGUUUGAGGAGACGGUGAAAAGGUUUUUGAAGAAGCAGAAGGAGGUGAAGGAAAAGGAAGACAAAGUUACAGAAAGAGAAGAGAAGUUAGAGAAAGACCAAGAGACCCUCCAAGAACAAGCCAAGGUCUUAAGCGAGAAGGAGACAGCCCUCGAAGAAGCUGAGGAGAACGUCAAAGCAAAGGAAGCAGAGGAAAAAACCGCCGGCUACGACCAGGAGAGAGAAGAGUACGCCAAGAAGUACGUUGACGACGCAAAGAAGGACUUGGAGAGAGAGCUUAAAGUGCUAAAGCAAGAAGAGAAAGUAAGGAACCAGAAGCUCGACGACCUCCAGUACGACUACAAGAGCCUCAAGGACGACUACCACUACUUCAAAGGUUACUCACAGGAAGUGGACGCACUUCUACUUGCAGCUAAGGACAAGAUCGUGAAGUACAAGAAGAAGGUCAAAAGCCUCAAGGAAACCUUAGGUGCAACCUUGUCUGGAAGCGAAGGUGAAGAAGAGACAGAAGAAGCGUACAAGAGCAAAGCAGAAGAAGAGAAAGAGAAGAAAGAAGCGCAGGCAAAAGAGGAAGAGAAGAAGAAAGGAAAAAGGCCAAAGCAGGUAGAGACAGAAGACCAAGAAGAGAAGCCGUCAAGCAACCAAGGAGACGAAACUACCGUCGACCCGAACGACAUAGCCGAGUUCACGCAGCUUGGCUACGUGUGGGAGUUCAACAAGAAGACGCAAGAGUACCGCGCGAAGUGUGAGGACAAGAAAGGAGCCCCAAGAAUCAAGAACGCUCCGGUGAAAGGCCGCCUCCUUUGGAACAAGGUGACGGAGUGCUACAGGAAACACAACAUUUGGUUUACAGACGGAAAGGAAUUGGAUAAAUUCCUCGAGACCAAGGAGAACGAGAAGAUCGAGGAAGAAGUGCAGCGACGCAUCCACGCGAAAGGCAAGCACGACAACCAAGGAACGAAGGGAAAAGGCCCUUCCUGGGACGACGGACAGAACGACGGUUGGUGGUACAACGAGCAGUGGAACAACGAGAACUGGAACACCACCGACGACGGCAGCAACUGGUACGAGAACGCGAACCCGCACAACAAAGGCUACUGGCAGACGCCAGAAGAGUGGGCGCAGCAGAACCAGUGGGAUCAGUGGACACCCAAAGGAAAGGGUAAAGGCAAGAAGUCCAAGAACUGGGUGCAGACCCAGUGA